AUGAACAAGUGAAUCAGAUUAGAAAGGAAAGGUAAGUUACCUUACGAAUAACAUCAAAUCCAACUUAAUUAGGAACAGUAUAAGAGAGAUGAAGUGGCAUUGACCUACAACAGAAGCUCCCUGCACUUUGCUAUUUGCAUGUCAGCCUAAUUCCCAAAUUUGAUCAUUCAAAGACAUCAUCAGCUCAUGGAACAGGAACAAGAGAAAACAUGCGAAGAUGUCGACGCUUCGCCUGCUCCAGCUGAAACCCUUCAAACAGAGACUUGUGCUCCCAACAAUGAAAGAACCAAAACGACAAGACACCCUCGAUGGAGCAGACAGGAAACAAUCAUCCUCAUAGGAGCCAAGAAGGUGGUUGAGAAUGGAGGGACAACGGUUUGCCGGCUCACCCAGUCUGAACCGAAAUGGGAUAUGGUCUCAUCGUUCUGUCAAAAACAUGGCGUGAACAGAGGGCCUGUUCAGUGUCGAAAGAGAUGGAGCAAUCUUCUAAGCGACUUCAAGAAGAUUAAGAAGUGGGAGGCGAAUAUAAAGAAAGGUUCGGAGUCAUUCUGGAUGAUGAGGAACGAUGAACGGAGGGAGAAAAAAUUGCCAGGUUUCUUCGACGGAGAAGUGUACAACGUAUUAGAUGGAGAAGCAUGCACGGCUUUGGCAUUUCCGUUGAAGCUGAUUAAGGUGUCAAAAGCGGAGAAUGGUGAUGGAGUUGCAGCAAUGACGUCGGAGCAAUGCGAGGAGAAUGAGGAGGAGGAGGAGGCAGAGGCCAUCGUUGACAGUGAGAAGACGGUUUGGAGCACAGAGGACGAAGCCUUUGAGAUCAUCACUAGUGGGAAGAAAGUCACUGGUCCGUUAAAUGCUUCAGGUGUUGAGGACACAAUCACGAUAGGGAAUCCCCAAAACACGCCCUCUCAUCCUAGGCUUAGUUCAGUACAUAGAGAACCCAAGCAUCCACUUCUAUGGAAAUCUGAAGCGAAUUACACAGGCCCCGGCGAAAGAAUAGAGACUAUGCCCCAAGAGGAGUCCAAGAGAAGGCGAGUGUCACCAGACAGUCAUGAGGACACCACAGCUUGCAGGAAUCCGUUGAUGAAAAUACUGAGAAGGAAUGGAAACAUACUGAAAGCUCAUCUUAGCGAUCAAAAUAUGAGUUAUCAGUUAGCCAGGGAUCAGCAGAAGGAGCAAACAAGCAACAUAGUUGCUGCACUUGGCAAGCUUACGGACGCGCUAACAAAAAUUGCUGAAAAGCUAUAA